UCCAUCACUCGCCACAUCUCGAGCAGAACGGAGCUCCACUGAGAAUAGAGUACCAAGAGCCCAGAAUAAAACUGCAGCUUGAGUUUGGUGUGCCAAGUGAUAUCGAACACCCCCUAUAAAGUAUCCAAAAAAAAAAAUCCACCGGAAACUCCAGCGUUUGUUCUAGAACUCCAGUGAAAGUGCCAAACGAAGCUUUGAAGUGAACGCCAUCUAAGAAACCAAAGAUAUGCAGAAAAUGAAUUUACAUGUGUGCGCCUUAGCGCUGCUGCUGUUCGGCAGUAUUGCCACUGUCCGCGGAAGAGCCGUGGACCUGGUAGACGACGACGAUAGCAACAACGUGGACAACUCCAUCGAGGCCGAGGAGGAGAAGCCCCGCAACCGAGCCAUCCCGGCCGACUGGCUGAAGUUCAUCAAGACGCCGCCGACCAAGCUGCAGCAGGCGGAGGGUGCCACCGUCGAGAUCGUUUGCGAGAUGAUGGGCUCCUCGGUGCCCAGCAUCCAGUGGGUGGUGGGUCAUCUGCCGCACUCCGAGCUGGACGAUCUGGACUCCAACCAGGUGGCCGAGGAGGCCAACGAGGCGACCAUUGUCCGUGUGCGAUCGUCCCACAUCAUCGAUCACAUGCUGAGCGAGGCCCGCACCUACACCUGUGUGGGACGCACUGGCUCCAAGACCAUCUACGCCAGCACUGUGGUGCAUCCGCCCCGAACCUCUCGCCUGGUGCCGGAGAAGACUUAUCCGGGUCCGCAGAAGCCGCGCAUCAUCUACUCCGAGAAGACGCAUCUGGACCUGAUGGGCAACAACAUCAUGCUGCCCUGUCGGGUGCACGCUCGUCCCAGGGCCGAGAUCACCUGGUUGAACAACGAGAACAAGGAGAUCGUCCAGGGACAUCGCCACCGGGUGCUGCCCAGCGGUGAUCUCCUCAUCUCCGAGAUCAAGUGGGAGGACAUGGGCAACUACAAGUGCAUAGCCCGCAAUGCAGUCGGCAAAGACUCCGCCGACACCUUCGUGUAUCCCGUACUUAGGGAGGAGGAAUAGAGAUCCCACCAUUACACAACCACAAAACAAAAGGCUAUCGGAUUGACGACGGGAAUUCAUCUAGUUAGUUAGAUAGAUCAAAUGCCUUCGAAGAUGCGUGAAAAGAAAAGAAAUAUGCUUAGAAAAAAACACAAAAAAAAACUAAGAAGAAAUUAUGGAGAGAAAGGUCAUACGAUUUACAGUUAUGUACAAUUUAGGUUAAGCACCAUCUAGCUCGUAAUCCAGGUAAUUAACCGUAUCUAAUGCCGGCUUAGACACUAAUUUUCUAACUUACCACCCUCGAAUAGCAGUCACACAAGUAUCGCAUUCGAAAUAUAGAAUCUACUUUAUUCGUUUUCUUUAAUUAUAGCUUUAGUUAUUGGCUUGUAAUCACGCGUCUUUUGUUUUUUGUAAGUAGCAAUGAUUGUUCCUAGCGAUUCAGGCGAGCUCUAGUUAACGUAUUUAAACUAAUUGGCCGUUUACUUAAGGGUACCCCAGCAACCCAAUCACUUAUAUAAUCUUGUAACACAUACCACAAUUGAUCAAUCAAUCAAUCAAUCAGUCAAUCACCCAAUUCGUAUUUAUGUGCACGCAUCAUUUUUACAACCUAUUUAUUGAUCGAACAAAUUCAUCUAGCAUCGCAACCCAUAUAGAAUCACGGAAUAGUAUUCACGGAAUUAAUCAGUUUCAUAAGCUACCCACGACUAUGUUUUAAUUUAUAAGGUAAUAGAACUGAAAUAUGGUUUUCUAAUUGUUUAGUUUUUAAUUUUAAUCAACAUUCAAGCGAUGGUUUUUGAAUAAAUACAAGAAAACUGAA